AUGGCGGACAGCAUGGAAGGCGUCGUCGUCGAGGGCGAGCAGCCCAAAACCGAGAACGUCGAGCAGAAGGCGAUUGCUGACAUCCGCAGCAACUUUGUGCUCCUCGAGCGAGCCGUCGCCCAGUUCGAUACCCGCUUCACCCUACGCGCCCUCCGCUCCAUAUCGUCGCUCCGCAAGAGGCUCACCGACCGCGUGCUAUGCUCUGUCAUCAUCCUGACGUACUCGCCCAACAACGCCACGGCGCGCAACUUCAUCGAGUACAUUGGCAUGGACGGCGAGGCGAUACAGAGCGUCGUCUCCCAGUACAAGGAGGAGGUGCAACUUAACAAGAACAACACCAAGGAGCCCCUGCCCGAGGUGGACGUAUACAUAGCCAUUCUGAUACAGGUAUAUCUUUACGAUCAAAAGGAGUUUGAAGAGGGUGCCGAAUUCGCCGAGACGCUGGUAGACAAGAUCCGAGAGCUCAACAGGCGGACGCUGGACUCGUUAGCGGCCAAGGCCUACUUCUACUUCUCCCUCUUCCACGAGGAGAUGGACCCCAAGCCUCCGUCCAAGCAGUCGCCCGUCAUCAACAUCCGCGGAAAGCUGCUCGCCGCUCUCCGAAGCGCCGUGCUCAGGAAAGACCCCGACACGCAGGCGUCUGUCACCACCCUGCUGCUCCGAAACUACCUCUCGACCGCCGACAUCACACAAGCCGAUCUCCUCGUUGCGCAGACACAAUUCCCACCAAACGCCCCCAACAACCAGGUCGCGAGGUACCUGUACUACCUCGGUCGCAUACGGGCUAUCCAGCUGUCUUACACUGAGGCACAUGAGCACUUGAUCAGCGCCACCCGCAAGUCGCCCUCUGCCCAUUGCGCGACUGGCUUUUACCAGGCCUCAAUGAAGCUCCUGGUAGUCGUUGAGCUGCUGAUGGGUGAUAUCCCCGAGCGCGACGUCUUCAGCCAGCCCCGUCUGGAGCGUGCCAUGGAGCCCUACUUCCGCCUGGUCCAGGCAGUCCGUGUCGGUGACCUACAGGGCUUCCUGAAGGUUGUGCAGACAUCCUCGUCCGUCUUCCACCGUGACGGCACCUACACCCUGAUCCUCCGUCUGCGCCAGAACGUCAUCAAGACUGGCAUCCGCAUGCUGUCGCUUUCAUACUCGCGCAUCUCGCUCCGCGACAUCUGCAUUCGCCUUGGCCUCGAGAGUGAGGAGUCGGCCGAAUACAUUGUUGCCAAGGCUAUCCGCGACGGAGUCAUAGAGGCUUCAAUUGACCACGAGAAGGGUUUCAUGCAGACCAAGGUCGCUGGCGACAUCUAUGCAACCCGCGAGCCUGGUGAGGCAUUCCACGAGCGCAUUCGGGCGUGCUUGACCCUGCACGACGAGUGCGUCAAGGCCAUGCGCUACCCCAUGAACCAACAUCGUCUGGAGCUCAAGAACGCUCAGGAGGCACGCGAGAGAGAACGCGAGUUGGCCAAGGAGAUUCAAGAUGGCGACAUUGACGAGGACGAUGCGGCUGGAGACUUUGAAGGCUUGUAG